GGGAAGGUGGGCGCGUUGCCCGGCUGGCGGCGAUCAGAAGGCUGCCGCUCCUUCUCGGCGUCUCCUCCCGCUCGUGUCAGAGCCGCGGGGUCCCUCGCUGGCAGUCCCUCCCUUCCGGGCAGUCCCGCUCAGCUGGCAGUUGGCUGUCCCGGCUCUGGCAUGCACAGCGCCCGCCUCGACGCCUUUGUGAGCCACCUCCGUGCAGAAGUGCUGUGCAUGAAGGAGUCAAGUGAAGUGCUACGGGGCCAGAUGCAGUGUAUGAUGCGGACCCUCCAUGAUCUAAAAAGAGUGCAUGACCGAGACCUCCAAUUGGAUCCUGAGGAGAUAAGGCCUCUCCCUGCCGUGCCUUCCCCAAAGCAAUGCACCUGUGUGAGGGUAUCAGCCAUUUCGGAAGCAGACUCUGCCUGUUGCCUGGAGGUGGCUGUGGAAGAAGAGGCUGCCUUCUCUCCUCCCAGCAGUGAGCGGAGCCUGGAGUUUGAUUCAGGUUACUCUGAAGUGUCAGGGAGCAGCUGGCGGGAUGAGGAGGGACCCCCACUUUUGCGAGCCAGUAAGCUUUCCUCAGGGGGCUUCUUGCGUCGUCGAGCACCUGCCAGGAGGCCUCGGCCCAAAUCAGCUUCUGAUGCCUGCCUGGAGCGGUGGCGGGAAGUGGAGCCUGCAGAUGCAGGAGACUGGACAGUGUCCCUUCUGUCGCAGAGCCGCAACCGGCAACCACUGGUGUUGGGCGACAACUGCUUUGCUGACUUGGUGGAGAACUGGAUGGACCUGCCUGAGGAGAGUGGGGAACGUGGACGGCUGCAGCGCUGGCUAGCCAAGCCCCAUGGAUUCCUGCUCAACCUCUCUGGCAAUGUGCGCCGAAGACUGGCUGGCAUCUCACGCACAGAGCGUACCAAGCAGGACACUGAUGGCACAAAGCGUUUUUCCUGCCCUGUGGGGCUGGGUGCACGGCCAACACUACCCUACUUCCAUCAGUCCCACGCCAACAUCAGUGAGCUCUCCACAGACUGUAACAGCUUUGCUGCUCUCAUGAACUGCAGAAGUCGGCAACCAAUCAUUUGCAAUGAUGUGAUUGGAUACAUCUAACCUUGCUGGGAUAUAUUAUAUUUUUUUUUCUUGUUCAGGUUUUGUAAAUAAAUGCCUUUUUUCUACAUCA